AAGUUGUCAUAUUUAACAUAAUAUUAUGUCACAUGAACGUAGAAAACGCGCAUAUAUAAUUCCAUUGAAUCUGUCUUUUCGAUUGGCUAAUUCACGGUUAUUAUUUUUUGAAACAAGAAAAAGUAACUCAUAUAAUAUAGUGUAAAGUAACGAACAAUAGCAUUCAGCAUGCCGUGUGUCGUUCCCAACUGUGAUCCUGUGGGACAAAGCUUUACAUUACGCUUUCCUCGUAAUCACUUACUGUUUGAGCGCUGGCGUCAGGCGAUUGAACUGGGUACAGGUUCCACCGUUCCAGCGGAUAUCAAUCACCCGGAUGCGGAAAUCUGCCAACAACAUUUCUAUGAUACCGAUCAGUACAGUGAACCGCAUAUUUUCCGAAACCGAAGGUUUAAUCGAAUAGUACACCUGUCCAGCUGCAGAUUAUGCUUGCGUUUCAAUUUUUCCGAGCGUGUUGCUCCUGAUCUCCGUAGUCAGAUCAUAGGCAAUGUUGCUGUCGAGGAGAUUAUAAAAGCUAUCUUUGAAAUUGAUCUUGGUUAUUCUGAAUAUUUUGAUGGCAUCUGCGAGGAUUGUCUGGCCCGAUUGGAUAUAGUGGUUGCUAUUCGAAAACAGUUUAUCGACAGUGAAAACAACUGGCGAAUGGUGGAAAAUUUUAUAAGUGAAGAAAACCGACUGAGAUAUACAAAGGUGCUCAUGACGGAGAUAGAGACUAACGCUGCGACAACUUUCCAAGUAUUGUCGGAAGAAAUGAUAGAUAUGAAAAAUCCGUUGGAAAACGAUAUAAUGGAGAUAAUUGAGACGGCUAGUAUCGAGAACGAAUCAGUAAAAACAGAAGAAACGAUAGAUAUGAAAAAUUCGUUGGAAAACGAUGUAAUGGAGAUAAUUGAAACGGUUAGUUUCGAGAAUGAACCAGUAAAAACAGAGGAAAUCUUUGAAAACACUGAUAAUUGUGUAUGGAACACUAACGACCAUGAAUAUUCAUUAAGUAAAACAGAUAUGCCAGUAGAACCCAUUGCUAAAAAUGAUGAACGGAGAAAAUUAAAGUUGAAGAUUGAUCCAACUAACAUACGUCGAAAAGUUCGAGGCAGGCCUAGUACUGGUCGAAAGAAUAAAGUGAUCCUUAAAGGUAUGACGGAUCGUAAGUGCUACAUAUGCGUCCGAUUGUUUAAAAAUCCCGAGGAACUACUUUCUCAUAUAAUCGUGCACGUUGAUCAAGACUUAACAUGUAACGUGUGUCAUGAGACGUGUCUCAAUAUCGCUAAAUAUAAUCGCCAUUUGGCAAAACAUGAUUCGGUGGAACGGCCAUUCAAAUGCGAUUACUGCGAACUAAGAUUCGCUAACGAAGUUGUGCAACGAUUUCAUGAAACUCGGAACCACGGUAUUGACCAUCCGGGAGUGCAGAUAAUAUCGAAAAAGCGGAAAGAUAAAUAUACUUGCCAACACUGCGGCAAGCAAUGUGACUCGCUCGCAUUUCUCAAGGAACAUGAAGGUGCUCACAGCGGCAUCAAACAGUACGAGUGCAAGAUAUGUGGGCGACUGUUUGCUAACAAAAACAAUCUUGAAAGGCAUAAUCUGCUCCAUACCUCUGAAAUGCCAUAUAAAUGCGAAAUUUGUGGUAAAGGUUUCCGGCAGUCCCCUAGAUACAAAGACCAUCUCCGAGAGCAUUCAGGCGAAACUCCAUACGCCUGUGAUGAUUGUGGCCGUCAGUUUUCAACCACUACUCUUCUACGGAAGCACAAAGUUUCAUUUCACUGUAUGUACGUUCCGGUUACGAAGGUGAAGAAGUCAAUAGUCAAGACAAGUAAUACUCUACGCAAUAAUUGUCCGAUCUGUCCAGAAACCUUCAAGCAGCACUCGCUGUUAGUUGAUCAUAUUGACCUGCAUCAUCCAGAUGAAGAUAUCAAGAUCUUUCAGUGCACCAUAUGCGAGAAACGUUUCGUUUCGAGACAAGCGUACUAUGUGCACUUUCGCAAUCACGAGAAAAGAUUCCAGUGCGAGUACUGCGAAAAAGCUUUCAGCAGCAUUCAGACUCUAAAAUUUCAUCAUGCCACCCACAGUGGCAUUCGGGCGUAUUCCUGCCAAACGUGCUCACGAUCAUUUGCACAUCUUGCAAACCUAAAACGGCACGAACUGGUGCAUCUGGGAAUCAAACGACAUGAGUGUGAUAUCUGCGGUAAGCGUUUUGUUCAGUCAAACCAGCUACAUUCCCAUCGAAGAACACACACCGGAGAUAAACCGUACGAGUGUAAAAGCUGUGAGAAAAGAUUUGCGGAUAUAAGUACGCUUAGAAAACACCGAAAAAAUGUUUGCGUGGAAUAAGGUGUCAUUCAAAGCAAAGACUUGGCAACAAUACUUUUGUAAAAUUUUGACCUUGUUUCAGUACUUAGUGUACAGGACAUGUGCAUGGCUAGUAUUACGAUUCAACUGACACAGAGAUUCGUUAGUAUGUUUUGAACAAUAUUUAAUUAUAUUGCACUUUAUUGUUUUUUGAGGCCUCAAACUCGAUGGGUAAUUCGCCCUGAUCAAUUAUAUGUAUAUAAUGUAUUUGCGAAAAAAUAUAACUUUAGCAAUGGCAUGCGGAAAGUGUUUGAAAAUGAAUACCGAUUCAAAUUCACGUGCUUUACGAUAGGCUCUGAGAAUAAAAUUUAAUGUUUCCCGUGGAAUAA